GUUAUUCUUUGUAGUUUUUCAGUUAACAAUGCAUUUUUUCGUUUGUAUUUUGUUCUUCCAUGCAAUAGCAGCAGCAGUUGAAGGUGCAAUACAUGUAGCAUCCGGUGCAGCAUCAUUUCAAAAAUUAAUAGAACAAAUGACUUCAAGCAAAACUGAGGCCACUUCGGCAGAUUCUGCUAAAUUAUUAAAAUUUGAAGCAGAUGAUGAUGUUGUCUUUAAACUCUUUACUCCAACAGCGGAUGGUAAUGUGGUCAAGUUAAAUGACAUUAGUUCCCUUAAAAAAUCCACCUUCGACCCCAAGAAUCCAACGCGUUUUAUCAUUCAUGGCUGGACAGGGACUAGUAAUGCUGAAAUUGAAACUAAAAUACGCAAAGCUUACCUUGCAAAUGGGAAAUUUAAUGUUUUUGCCGUGGAUUGGAGUUCGGGUGCAAUUAGCGAAUAUAUAUUAGCUCGAAAUCGCGUUGAAGCUGUUGGACAAACCGUUGCGCGCUUCAUUACAUUCCUGAAUAAGGAAACAGGUAUGCCUCUGAGUAGUGUAACGAUUGUUGGGCACAGUCUGGGUGCGCACGUUGCUGGAUUUGCGGGGAAGAACACGCGGAGUGUUGGGACAGUUGAGGCAAUUGUUGGUCUCGAUCCUGCUUACCCAUUCUUCUCCUAUGAAAAACCCCAUGAACGUCUUAACGCCACAGAUGCCAACUACGUGGAGAUUAUCCACACUAACGGUGGCUACGCAGGUAUCGUCGAACCAAUUGGACAUGUUGAUUUCUAUCCCAACUACGGAACGCAUCAGCCUGACUGCCCUAUAAUUGGACACUUUAUAUGCAGCCAUAGCCGUUCCUACAUCUACUUUGCUGAAUCCAUCACAACAGCCACUGGCUUCUGGGCUAGACAGUGUGGUGACUACAAUGACAUUCUCAAUGAAAAUUGCACUACAACUAAUGCCGUUUACGCCGUCAUGGGUGGAGAGCCCGUAAAGAAGAAAACUCGAGGAAUUUUCUGGUUAUCAACAAAUGGUGAGAGCCCAUUUGCCCAAGGACGUCCUUCCGAAUGGACAAAAUAAGAUUUAAAAAACGUUAAAUCUUCACAACAAAAAAAAGAAAAAUUAAUAAAAUCUCACAAUUUUAA